AUGAACAUAGUACUGGUUCUCUUCGGAAUAACUCUGUGUUUUCCUCCAGUUUAUGGACAAGUAACAAGCAGGGGGUUUUGUCCCCAAAUUCCUACAGUGCGUCCAUUUGAUAUAAGACGCUAUACCGGCACAUGGUAUGGAUUUGAACGUUUCUUUUUAAGAGGAGCGGCUGGAACUACAUGUACAAGCCCUGUAUACUCACUGAACAGAGACGGAUCUGUCCAUGUUCUCAACAGGGGUAUUGUUAUAAGAACAGGAGAACCUACAAGUAUAGAGGGUGUAGGCGUGGCCUUAAAUCCACGUGACCCUGCAAAGCUGUCUGUCAGAUUCAAUGAUAAUGAACCAUUUGACAUAGAUGGAAACUACCUGGUUGUUAAAACAGAUUACGUCAAUUUCGCUGUGGUGUAUUCUUGUGAUCAAAUUGGAACUUCCAAGUCUGAAACUGCCUUCAUCCUUCGAAGACGGCCCAUAAACCCCAGUAGAAGAUUACUCCGAGACAUAUAUAACUUUCUCAGGUUCUAUGGCGUAAACCCAAGGAAUUUCAUACGGACGAACUUUCAACGAUGUCUCGAGACUUCUGCAUACGAGCGAUUGGCACAACCAAAUUAA